CGUGGCUGCAGCUCCUCCCCCGACCUGAAUGAAGACAAGCUAGUCAGUCCCAUGGUCAGUCCUCCGCUAUUGCUAACUAAACUGCGGAACUACAGCAACGACACAGACCGUUACUCGUCGUUUGCAGCUUGAAGUUGAGGUACAGCGUCAACACGGAGGCCUUCCUUAUCGAUCACUAUUUUGAGUAGCUUACCGACCACAGCAAAUAUAGCUAACGAGAAUAGUCACAAGUGGCAAGUUAAGUUAAUGUUAGCUAGUUGCGUCGUUUGACAGCUAACGCUAACUAGCUAUUCUCAUUGGUAUUCGACGUCAGUUUCAAAACAAAGCCCGCAAAAUUGAGAAGUUGAGACUCAGCUGUCAGCUCCAAAGUGUCUUAAGACAAAACAGGAUAGUUGGGUUUAAGUCUGUCAACCGACCGAAGAUAAAUUACGCUAUUCAGAUUAUGUUUGAUGUACUCGGUUAAUGCCUAAUUAACGGUAUUUCGCCGACGUGAAGGCUAAAUUAAAGAAGCUGUCAGCAGGUUUUGGCUGUGACUAGUUUUAAUUGAUAACAAAUCCUGCAGCUAUCGUUAAGAUACGCGGUUCUUUCGCUAAAAUCAGGUUCAAGUUUUCUUUCAACUUUGGAUUUAAAUGUCCGAAAAGGGUUCAUCGUCCGGUUCGGAUGAGGAUGUGGACCCGGAAUCCGCACAGCAAGUGGAUGUCGGAGGCAUUUUAAGCAAGUGGACAAAUUACAUACACGGAUGGCAGGACCGAUGGGUCGUGUUGAAAAACAAUACUCUGAGCUACUACAAGUCGGAGGAUGAACGGGAAUACGGCUGCAGGGGGUCUCUGUGCCUCAGCAAGGCUGUUAUCACACCUCAUGAGUUUGAUGAGUGUCGUUUUGACAUCAGCGUGAACGACAGUGUCUGGUACCUCAGAGCUGAAGAUCCCGAGCACAGACUCCAGUGGAUCGAGUCGAUAGAGCUGCACAAGGCAGAGUCUGGUUAUGGUUCAGAAACCAGUCUCAGGCGUCAUGGUUCCAUGUUGUCUCUCACCUCAGCAGCCAGUGCCUUGUCCGCCACAUCCGCGUCCUCCUUCAAGAAGGGCCACAGGUUGCGUGAGAAGCUGGCAGAAAUGGAAACCUUCCGAGACAUUCUGUGCAGACAAGUGGACACCCUGCAGAAAUACUUUGACUCCUGUGCUGAUGUUGUCCCCAAAGAUGAAUUUCACAGAGAUGGAGAAGUAGAGGAGGACGAAGACGACUUUCCUACCACUACAAGACCCGAUGGUGAAUGUAAUCACAACAACAACGGCAGCAAAGAGAAAUUGUUUCCACCUGCCAGCCCCAAAGGUAUGAAUGGAAUAGACUUCAAGGGUGAGGCCAUCACCUUCAAGGCCACCACGGCCGGCAUCCUCUCUACUUUGUCCCACUGCAUUGAGCUGAUGAUGAAACGAGAGGACAGCUGGCAGAAGAGACUGGACAGGGAGCUAGAGAAGAGGAAGAGGGUAGAAGAUGCCUACAAGUCGGCUAUGAAUGAGCUAAAGAAGAAGUCGCACUUCGGAGGCCCGGACUACGAGGAGGGGCCCAACAGUCUGAUCAAUGAGGACGAGUUCUUCGAUGCGGUGGAAGCUGCACUGGACAGACAGGACAAGAUAGAGGAGCAGUGCCAGUCAGAGAAGGUCAGGAUACCUCGACUAAGUCCCGUUCCUCCAGGAGACAUCUACUCCACCAUUGGCACACACCGAUUUGCCAUCAAGCCCCAUAGCCAUUCUUCUUCCCUGUCCUCCGUUGAGCUAGUCAGUGCUUCCGAUGACAUUCACAGAUUCAGCGCCCAGGUGGAGGAGAUGGUGCAGAAUCAUAUGACUUACUCUCUUCAGGAUAUGGGCGGAGAUGCCAACUGGCAGCUGGUAAUAGAAGAAGGAGAGAUGAAGGUGUACAGGAGGGAAGUCGAGGAGAACGGUAUUGUGCUGGAUCCUCUCAAAGCUACGCAUUCUGUGAAGGGGGUGACGGGACACGAGGUCUGCCACUACUUCUGGGACACGGCUGUCCGAAUGGACUGGGAGACCACUAUUGAAAAUUUCAACGUGGUGGAAACGCUCUCUGACAAUGCCGUCAUUGUUUACCAGACACACAAGAGGGUGUGGCCUGCGUCCCAGAGAGACGUGCUCUAUCUGUCAGCAAUCAGGAAGAUCUUUGCAACGAACGAAAACGAUCCCGACACGUGGCUGGUGUGCAACUUCUCUGUUGACCACGACAAUGCCCUUCCCACAAACCGGUGCGUUCGAGCCAAAAUCAAUGUCGCUAUGAUCUGCCAAACGCUGGUCAGCCCACCCGAGGGUGAUAAAGAGAUCAGCAGAGACAACAUCCUUUGUAAGAUCACCUACGUUGCCAAUGUAAAUCCAGGAGGCUGGGCUCCAGCCUCUGUCCUCAGAGCCGUGGCCAAGAGAGAGUAUCCCAAGUUCCUCAAACGCUUCACUUCCUACGUCCAGGAGAAAACAGCUGGGAAGCCCAUCCUCUUCUGAACACAAAGAGGCUUGUGGAGGGCCACGUUUGCCUACUGGAAAGACUACAUUGGUCAGUGUUGAAACCGGCUUUCAAAAACUACAUCACCCGUCAAUUAGAAUGUGUUUUCAAACUACUACAUGCAGGAAACUUUAUCCUCCAGGACACCUACUGGUAGAAGAGACUGGUUUUACGGCUUUAAUCCAUCAGUAGUCAUCCCAGCCACACUAUCAUGGCUCAACGCCAUCUGUUGGUCAUGGGCACAUUUGUAUGUAAAUUCAAGAGUUUCCUAAGUGGUUUUUUUGAAUUGUUGUUUAUUGACUAUUUGCUUUUUCUUUUGUAAAUUGUUUUGUACAUUUCUUAUGAUUACAUACUUCUUGACUUUUUGUUUUGGGUUCGCUUUAAUCACUAGUAUUACAGCUACUUGUUUUGCUGCUGCUAAAGUUACUACCAUGAGAGAGGAACGUAGUUAUCACCAGGAAAAGCAUUGAUGAGGUUUGGUACAGUAUCUCCUCUUUCUUGCCUUCUCCUGUCCCUCUGGUGAUGACUGUCUGCAGUUUGAUGGGGGGGGGCCAGAGCCUAAAGCUUUGAAAUCUUUAUAUUUCUAGAUUGUUAUGAGAGCACCAGGGACACAAUGUAUUGUACAGAGAAACACUAACACGUUAGUUUACCAAUGUGAGAAAUGUGAAUUGACUGUUAAAUGCUUGAAUUUGAAUACAUUAAUGGGUCAAGGAAACAUGAAGAGCAGAUAAUUAGAUAUCAAUGAUGUAGUUGACUGGUCUAUAGAUGCUUAAUCGGGGUCUUUUGUCAGUGUGUAUCCGUCUUUAACCCCCACACAACUCACAGGUUUUUGACAGAUAUUUUUGCAAAAGGCAAAGCCGAAGUGUCUGAUGUACAGAUUCCUCUCUUUCAUUGAGAGAUGAGUGGAUACAUUUUGUACACCCCAGGUGGUUUUUCACCAUUUUCAGCCCCUUAUGUGGCAGAAAAAAAAAAGUCUGUGCAUUCACGAGUGUCAGAUUUGUAAAUUAGUCCCGCUGCUAUUGUGCAGGAUAAGGUAAAGGUGUAAUAUUUUGAGUAGGAUAUCAUCCACACCCCAGACUCUAACAUUACAUUUCACACACUACACUAUAGUAUAGUGCAGUGGUCUUCUGCCCUUUGACUGAUAAACUACCCCCAGAAUGCCUUAGGACACCGGGAUGAAAUCCUGGUAUCUUUACUGUACAGCCACCAGAUGUGCAUUUAUCCACACUGAAAUGAAGCGGGGUAGAGGGGUGGGGGGAGGGUCAGCAUUUCACAUAAUUUUACCUCAAGAUUGAAAUUUACUUUAGAUUGUGUUUGAUAUCAAAAGUUAGGAGUUUUGCAAUCAGUAGAUCUGCAUGGUUGUAGAUUCUCGGUCUAAGGGGUCAGAGGUCAGAAAGGAUCUGGAUAAUUGUUUUGCUGAUGAUUACAAGAGCUAGAUCUACGAGCGAUGUCAGCUGAAGAAUGCAUUUAGCGUUUUUAAUUUUGAUAUUUUGUCAGUAAUCUACACUUUGUAUAUUUCUAAGUUGUACAUCAGAAGUGUUAUUAUUUGCACUAAAUGUAAUGCAAUUUGACAAUGUUCUGUAAAUUAAAAUUGUUACACAACGGAA